ACACAAGCCUUCGUGAUAAACAGAGACAAAUGGGUUUUAAAGAUUUAGCCGACGGAAACGUUCGAAGGGAUCACGAAAUUAAACGACUCUUUCUGAAUGAGCCACCGAGGAAUGUAAACAAUUCAACGCGGUCUUUGUUUUUAUACCAAUCCUUAGUCGAGUGUGAGUUGAAUAUAUUUACGUUUUCGUGGCAUAAUCACGGUACAGUCGCUUGGAAGUCGCGUACGAGGCAACACACGAAGGAAAGAAAGCUGGCUUCGAUUUUCAUACCAAUUUGCAAUCUCCAGAAACAGCUUGAAGUUUUCAAGGCGUACGUGACCCAGAUACAGAAGGGGAGGGACAGAAUGAAAAGUAAACGGAACAAAGGGUGGACGAGCCACGUAGAGGAUGCACUGGUGCAGAAGAACGACCGACGAAGUAUGUUAAGUGAUGCUCUCGACAGAGAAUUGAACGUGAAAAUUCCAGGCUGAAUCUAUCGCGAGCUGUUCGCUUAGAGCGAGCGUAAAUAAAAUCUGUUUCGCGCGUCGACGCGUUCGCCCCGUCGUUGAUUUCCAUAAAAAUACACUGACCGAAAAAGAUAGGAGACUGCGUGUGUCGUGUACAGGCUAGGAAAUACCGACGUGCACUGUCAGCUACUCAAUUAACGAAUUUGUACGCUACACAACCCAUCGCGCGAGUUCGAGUGUCCAACUUUUCGUCCGUCGUAAAUGAUUUCAUUUUUACUACAUCUUUACUGAUCGUUUAAUGAUCGCUAAAAAAAAAAAAUAGAAAAAGCUGUUGUUUUUUUAAAAGCCUAUAGCGAACCCUGUAGCCACGAUUUUUCUGCAGCUGCGUCCUGUCACGUUGCAUCGCGUCGGAUAAUAUUGGAUUAUCCUAAACGGCCAUAUUGCGUGGAUGAGAAUCCUCUGCAAGAUCAACCCGAAUGCACCGGCUGGAAUAGUUUCAAGCUUGCGCCGUUUUAUCCUGCAUUCAUGUAUAAUAAUCCUGUCACGGGAGUAUUUAGAUUGACAAAUAGCUUGAGCCUCGCUUGCGGGAAGGAAGAUCUUGGAAAAUUCGAAACCUAUGGUACGGCACGGUUUCUAGGUAGAAAUUUUCGUAAAUUGCGAGUAUUCCGAGUAAUUGGUUUCGCUUUGAAACAAAUCGUUCCACCUAACGCACACGGUCAAAAGAACCGGGGAAAUAUAGCGUUAAACGCGUUUCGAGUGAUACGCGUCUGACCGUACGCCGACCAUAUCUACUUGCUCGAUUCUUUCACUUUUUCCCUCUGUUUGCGUGCUUAUCAUAAUUAUAUCCCGCGGUGCCUAU